AUUUUCGACUUAGACAUUCGAACUAUUUACUCAUCAAUAUACACAACUACUUUGCAAAUUUAUACACAUAUAUUUUACACAUAUAUUUACUAGGUACUAGGCAUAUAAGGCUAUAUCUGUGAAGCUUAAAACGAUUCAAAAACAAGAAUACCUUAUUUGGGUCUGUACAGCGCUGGCAAUUGGUCCCUACUCUGCUCACAACAGCUAUGGAUAUCCCGUACCUCUGUCUAAGUAGACUCGGACAGAGCUCCAUCUUCUGCGCUGCCAAGGGAACCAGCAUUCAUACAUUUGACCUUAAAGAUGAUGGAUACUCAUUUGUCUCAUCGUGGACUCAUCCUCUUGCGAAGCAGACCGAAAAUGGCAAAAUAGUAGAAGAAGCUGCUCAAGGUGGUGAACCCCUUGAUGAGCAGGAGGAGACAGAUCAGCCUCCGUCGAAAAAGCGUAAGCUGGACUCGGAUGAGAAGCCCAAUGUUAAGAAAGAGGCCAACCAAGAUGACACCAGAGUAGCAGAGGGACCAGCAAACGGCAAUGAAAAGAAGAAGAAGCCGCAGAGGCCCGAGCUACGUAGUCAGCGGACAGAGCUACCAUUCGUGGUUCUUCUUACAGCAACCGAAGAUGGGAGUCACGUGGUUGCUGUAACUAGCCAGGACAAGACGCUAUGGGUAUUCGAGCAUGACGGGAAGGGCACGUUGACAAAGUCAAGCCAAAGAGUCAUGCCAAAGCGUCCAAGCUCCAUCAGCAUCACCACGGACGGGGCUACAAUCCUAUCUGCAGACAAAUUCGGGGACGUCUAUUCUCUCCCCUUGCUUCCGACGAAAAUGGAAGAGGAGGCCGCACCAAGUGUUCCAGAAGCCCCUGCUACCCCUGAAACGCCAAUGCCAGCACCAGCACCGUCAACUUACAAGCCCUCCGCCAGCCGCUUCACCGUGCACUCGCAGCGCAACCUGCGCGCGCUCGAGGAGCAGGAGCGCAUGGUCGCAAAGCGCAGGGAGACACCCAAGGAAGGGCCGACCUUCGAGCACGAGCUGAUCCUAGGCCACGUCUCGAUGCUCACGGCGUUGGCGCUCGCCACCUCGGACGACGGCAGGCGCUACAUCAUCACCGCGGACCGCGACGAGCACAUCCGCGUGUCACGUGGCAUACCCCAGGCCCAUAUCAUCGAGAAUUACUGUCUAGGCCACGAGUCCUUCCUCAACGCGCUCUGCGUGCCCCCGUCCCGGCCCGAGGUCCUGGUCUCGGCCGGUGGAGACGACGAGGUGUUUCUUUGGGACUGGAAGGCCGGCCGGCUGCUAGGGAAGACGAAUCUGCUCAGUCAUGUCCAGACGGUGGUUCCUGGCACGAGUAAGAUCGGCGUGUCGCAGUUGUACUCAUACGACUUCGACGGGCGUUGCUGCAUUGUGGCCAUCUGUGAACGGGUACCCGCUCUCUUCAUCUUCCAGCUCACACCAGACACCACCUUACAGCACGUGCAAACACUAAACCUACCCGGCAACCCCCUAGCCGCCCUCAUCACCACCACUCGGCCCCCCAACUCCCUAACCCUAAUCGCCGCCAUCGACCCCCCUAGCGUCGCCGCCACUACUACUACUACUACCACUACGAAGGCAUCACCAUCCCUCCUACUAUUCGCACAAGACAAGUCAGGUGACUGGGUCCACAGCAAAGGCAGCACCCAGAACAGCAACACCGACGAAGGAAACGUGGAUAUAUCGCGGGAGGAGCUAGACAAGAUCCUGUACCCGGUUAGCAAUCUGCGGAAGACCGAGUUCGAGGACGACGCGGAGUAAGGAGUUUCUGCAAGGGGGUUUGUGAAUCCUCCAUCUCCCCCUCAUAUCUCUCCUGAGGUAAAAUUCUACAAUUAAUAUUGGCUGUCUGCUGCUCCCUUACAGUAUCUAAAUGGCAUGUCUGAGAUAUGUACCUUGUAGGUAGGAUGAAUCUCUAAAUACUUCUUAGUAGGAUGGAUAAUAUCACAGAUGGUCAGCAUCACGCAUUACGCAUCACGCAUCAGUAGAGAGAGACACGCAAAGCAAAACCACAACA